ACCUGUCGUGUUCGGCCCAGAGCUGGUCCCAGAUGGACUGGGUUCCAGUCUGGCUCGGAGUCGAGACUUUGGAUGCUGACUGGGAAGACCCGUGGGACCAGUUUGAUGAGCGGCAGUAUCUGAAUGCCAAAAAGUGGCGCGUCGGUGACGAUCCCUAUAAGCUGUAUGCUUUCAACCAGCGGGAGAGCGAGCGGAUCUCCAGCAGCCGGGCGGUCCCUGACACCCGCCAUCUGAGAUGCACCCUGCUGGUGUAUUGCACCGACCUCCCCCCCACCAGCAUCAUCAUCACCUUCCACAACGAGGCCCGCUCCACCCUGCUCAGAACCAUCCGCAGCGUGUUAAACCGCACGCCGAUGAAUCUGAUCCAGGAGAUCAUAUUAGUGGAUGACUUCAGCAAUGACCCUGAGGACUGCUUGCAGCUCAUCAAGUUGCCCAAGGUGAAGUGCAUUCGCAAUAGCGAGCGGCAAGGUCUGGUCCGGUCCCGGAUCCAGGGCGCUAAUGUUGCCAAGGGCACCACUCUGACUUUCCUGGACAGCCACUGCGAGGUGAACAGGGACUGGCUCCAGCCCCUGCUGCACAGAGUCAAAGAGGACUACACGCGGGUGGUGUGCCCUGUGAUUGACAUCAUCAGCUUGGACAACUUCAACUACAUCGAGUCCGCCACGGAGCUCAGAGGGGGGUUUGACUGGAGCCUCCACUUCCAAUGGGAGCAACUCUCCCCAGAGCAGAAGGCUCGGCGUCUGGACCCUGCUGAGCCCAUUAGGACUCCCAUCAUAGCUGGGGGGCUCUUCGUGAUGGACAAAUCCUGGUUCGAUUACUUGGGGAAGUAUGAUACGGACAUGGACAUCUGGGGUGGAGAGAAUUUUGAGAUCUCCUUCAGAGUGUGGAUGUGCGGCGGCAGCCUUGAGAUCGUCCCCUGCAGCCGAGUGGGCCAUGUCUUCCGCAAGAAACACCCCUAUGUUUUCCCAGAUGGAAACGCCAACACGUAUAUAAAGAACACCAAGCGGACAGCUGAGGUGUGGAUGGACGAAUACAAGCAGUACUAUUAUGCUGCUCGGCCGUUUGCUCUGGAGAGGCCCUUUGGGAACAUCGAGAGCAGACUGGACCUGAGGAAGAAUUUGCAGUGCCAGAGCUUCAAGUGGUACCUGGAGAACGUCUAUCCAGAGCUCAGAAUCCCCAGCGAUUCCUCCAUCCAGAAGGGCAGUAUCCGACAGAGGCAGAAGUGCCUAGAGUCUCAAAGGCAGAAAAACACAGACACCUACAACCUCAGGCUAAGCCCCUGUGUCAAGAACAAAGGCGAGGACGUAAAAUCCCAGAACUUGGAUCCUUUAGACAUGUCCUCUUAA